UGACGCAUCAUCGGGCUUCAGUUGCCCACUCCCUAACCGACUUUCCAACGGUUAAGGACGAGUACGGACAGCAGGCUCCUCUCACUGGAGAAAUUGCCUGGUCUGCUCUCACCAGAGAGAUCAUCUUCUUGUCAUCGUUGUUGUUUUAGUUAUCCAGUGGACUUCUUUAGACGUUGACAGUCAUCAUGGCAGAUGAGUCGACUGAAAAGAGGCCAUCUGCUGGCUCUGCCUGUACGAGCGCGAGCUCGGCCGGGGAAGGAGGAGGUUCGCCCAGCAGCUUCCUCGAGACACCGACGGCGACCAUUGGUUCCACCUCCAUGCGGUCCUCUGUCUCUGACCUCUCCCUUCAAUCCAUCGAAGGGAGGGACAGCAGGGACCACAGCGAGCCAGCAGAGGGAGAUCUGCAGAAGCCACAGCGGGGGCACCAGUGGCCUGGCUUGCCGGCGGCAUCCCCCUACCAUCUCCCCGGACCCUUCUUUGGGCCGCUGGCCCCCAGCCGUCCCACUGCGGGCCCCAUGGCCCAAUUGUUUGGCCAUCCAUCCAUUGGCCAGCUGCGACCUCCAGAGCCGGAAGAGUUCCCACCACUCUUGCAUAGGGUGAGGGAGGCUCCUGGCUACAGACAUGCCACGCUUGCCCCCAUCCCUCCUGCGGAGACAACAUCUCUGGCCCAGCUUGCCCCCAUCCCUCCUGCUGCAAGAACAUCUCUGGCCCAGCCGGCCAGGGCGGACCCGGCGCACAAGAGGAAUCUGGUCCUGCUGGCCCACCGGCUGCAAUCAGAAGGCAGCACCACCACCGCUGCCGCUGGGGGGUUCCGGCCAGCCCCACCGGAUCAGCCCAGGAGCGGCAAGCCAAUGGACAUUCGACGUGCGUCCAGAGUCUUGAUUCCUGCCACUGAGCAGCCACUAGCCAUCCAAAUCAAGGAGACUGCAACUAAGAAAGCAGAAGGCUUCAGCACCAGUGCUGCCCCAAGAAUGAAGAUCCCAGAGUUGGGACCAUACAGAGCAGGGACCCAGGAGCGCCACCCACCAUCUCCUCCCCAGCUGCAGGGUCGAGGAAUGGCCAAGGGAGGAAUAGCCCCGCCCACUGGGGAGAUUCAGCUGCACCCUAAGGGCCCUCCAAAUCGGAAGAAGCUCCUUGUUCCCAAGCAGCAGUUGCUUCCGGAAUUCCUCUUCUCGCCUCCUCCACCAGAGACAACCAAAGUGCUCGCCAAGGGAACGGCUUCCCACCUGGUAGCCCCAGGAGAGAAGGACACCCAAUGUGCCAAGCCAAGGCUGCAGCUCUUUGACUUUUUGCCCCCCAUCUGCUUGGCGCCCAAAAAGGCCAAGGACCGCUCAUAUGGGGAGUUGGUGGGCAGGAAACUCCCUGCAGAGAACAAUGGAAAGAGGGCAAAGGCAGCAGGGGCAGAGAGCGUGCCAGCACCCAAGGUGCCACGGGGAAGCCCAAAGGCUGAGGGGAGAUCUGGAGAGACGGCCAAAGCAGCCCUUGACCACAAGGAAGGGAGAACCAUGCAGAAGAUCCCCACUUGCCAUCUGGAGCUGGCCGUCCAACCCCAUCUGCCAAGGAAACCAGCAGGAAUCAUGCCAGGCCAGAAGCUGCUGAAAAUGCCUCAGGUCCUGCCAGGAAGGGGGAAAGCACGGCUGCUACCACCUGAAGCCAAAGCUGGGGACACAAAGAGGAAGAAAGUGGGGCCAGAGUCCAGUGGAUCCGCCCAGACUGUGCCCCCGACUCCGAGGAGCAGCCUGGCCAGAAUGAUGCGGGACUCCGUGCAGGUGUUCCAUGCCCUGGGACCCCCGGCAAAAUCCAAGAGUGCAGAGGGACAUCCUGGGCAGAGCGUGCCCCAAAAGACACCAGCCAUGUCCAUGGGAAGGCCACCGUCGGGAAGCAUAGCCGAGCCACCACCAAGGCCUUUGGCAGCCCUGCCAAGCAGACCAGCGGGGAAGGCACCGCCCAGCUCCAUGGCCAGGCCAGCAGCCAUGCCGAUGGCCAACCUCCCCCCUAGCUCCCUGGCCCACCCACAAUCAACGCCAGUGUGGAGGCCGCCGGGAUCCCGUCCCUUCAUGCUCCGGCCCUCCUCCCUUGCGCAGGCAAAUACCUUGCGGAUGCACAGUCUUGCUGGGAGGACCUUUGGCCAGCCCCCGCCGGCCCCUCAACCACAGCCACAGCCUUGGGGUCCCACACCAACCCACCGACCCGUCCUCCCUGCCCACCAAGCCUCCACGGAACAUCCGGUCCUUCCACCUGGUCCCCAGAGAACAACAGCAGAGCAGGAGUUCAAGGGGGACACGUUCAUCCCUUGGAGGACGCCCCCGGCCCACCUGGAAGUCUCCCGGCCCAUUACGGAGGAGCAACGGCCCGUCCGGGAGCUGAUGCGGCGGCGGGCACAAAGAGCGAGGGAGGAGGCGGCUCAGUGGACAUCAGCCGGACGGAAGCAGUAAUUCGUGGAGCGGGAGGAGGAAAUGAACAUCUCCCUUCAGUCUGGCUACCCCUGGCGCCACUGAGAGGUCCUUUUGCGAAGAGCCAGACAAGCUGCCCCCAAGAAAGAGAAGCAAGCCACACCGAAGCCAGACUUCUCUGCUGCUGCCCAGGUCAGUUUGGGGGGCGGGGCUUUGGCCGUUGCUGGGUUUUCCCCGCCCCAGCUCUUCCGUUUGGGCCGAGCAUCCCCUCCCUCCCUUCCCUGGAGCAGAGCGGGUCUAGUGACUGGUCGCCCUUCGGGGGCCGAGUAGGAAUUUUUGGCUCUCAACGCAUUGGCCACUGUUGGGGGUUUUUUCGCCUACUCCGUUCUGCGUUUGGGUUUUGAGUUAGAAUUAGGCUGGUCACACUGGCAGGAGCAGUGCGGGCUGGGUGGAGUUUGAGGGAUGGAACAUGGGUGAGCACCCUUGGAUAUUUCAGAGGUGGGUUGGCAAUCGCUCCCUUGCGGUUUGUGCGGCCCAGGGGGGAAGAGUUUGCCAUGAAACCAGCUUCAGGGCUUCACCAACCCUUGGGCUGAACAGUCCGGGGUGGGUGAAUCUCAAGAAGUAUCCAGACCCUCUUUCUUAAAGGGUUGGCCUUGAAGGAAUUGGGCAGCUGUUACUUGCCUGUUUCCUGAGCCAGGGUGUGUCGCCCUCAAAGGUGCAGGGAAGGGCAAGGAGCCCUAACCCGGCCUUCUUAGGCCCGCACUGUUGUUUGGGGGGGUGACUAAUCCCCUUGGAUCCAGUCCAUCAUGCUUGGUUGUGAUUAGUUAAUAAAGUUGUGGCCCUUUUCACCCAAA